AUGUCGUGUGUCAGUGUUCUUAGAUCUUCAUGUUUUGUCAACCAUUACAGCGUGUGCUGCUUAUUUACAGUCCAAGGCGCACCACAUGUAAAUUUUGUGUCGAAAAAUGGAUUACAAGCUAGUUUUACUGCUUUCCUUGUUGAGUUUGGAAGUAUCCUCACAAAAAGCAGGUGGAGACUAUCCUUCGUUCUUCAAUAUAGGAGGUGUCUUAAGCAACAACGACAGUGAGACUCAUUUUUCAAUGGUUAUUGCGCAUCUCAACUUUGAUCAAACAUUUGUACCCAGAGGUGUCACCUAUUACGAUAAAACAAUCCGCAUUGAUAAAAAUCCGAUCAAAACAGCUUUGGAUGUUUGCAAGCAUUUAAUUUCACGAAGGGUAUACGCCGUUGUGGUGUCGCACGAACCUACUGGAGAUUUGUCGCCAGCAGCAGUUAGUUAUACAAAUGGGUUUUACCAAAUUCCAAUUAUUGGUAUAUCGUCUCGUGAUGCUGCCUUUUCCGACAAGAAUAUUCAUGUAUCAUUUCUGCGAACAGUACCACCAUUUUACCACCAAGCUGAUGUAUGGCUUGAAAUGUUGAGUCACUUCGGAUACACAAAGGUUAUUGUCAUUCACAGUUCUGAUACGGACGGCAGAGCAAUUCUGGGACGUUUUCAAACUACUUCACAAACAAAUUAUGAUGACGUAGACGUUCGAGCAACCGUUGAAAGCAUAAUUGAAUUUGAACCAAAGCUUGAAACAUUCACAGAACAUUUGUUUGAAAUGAAAACAGCACAGUCCAGAGUAUAUUUACUCUACGCAAACACUGAAGAUUCCUACGUUAUCUUUCGCGAUGCUGCACAAAGUAAUAUGACGGAGACUGGGCAUAUCUGGAUUGUUACGGAACAAGCACUUCAGGCCAACAAUACCCCUAUUGGAGUUUUGGGUUUGAAAUUAAACUGCUCUAAUAAUGAAAAUGAGCACAUAAGGGAUGCAAUAUAUGUUUUGGCUUCUGCUAUCAAGGAAAUGAUAGUCCAUAACGAAACAAUCACUGAAGCACCGAAAGAUUGUGAUGAUACGGGCGCAAUUUGGGAAUCAGGGAAAAAGAUGUUCAACUACCUGAAAACACGAAAUAUAAAUGGUGCAACAGGACAGGUUGCAUUCGACAGUAAUGGAGACAGAAUAUAUGCUGGAUACCACGUCAUAAAUGUGCAGCUUCCACCAUCAUCGCUCAAGCAAAAUGUGAAAGUUGGAAGCUUUUUCUACGAUGAAGAGAAAAGAAGGAUGAAACUCAAAAUAAACGACACCGUCUUGAUUUGGCCAGGAAACACUGAAAAAAAGCCUGAAGGAAUAAUGAUACCAACUCAUUUGAAAGUACUUACCAUCGAAGAAAAACCCUUUGUGUACGUGCGUAAACUGCUAGACGAUGAAAUUGAUUGUGAAGAUGAGGAAAUCGUUUGCCCACAUUUCAAUUCAACUGAUGGAAAUGAAAAAGACUACUGUUGCAAAGGAUAUUGUAUAGAUUUGUUGAAGGCACUGGCUCAACGAAUUAACUUUACCUUUGAUUUAGCCUUAUCUCCAGAUGGCCAAUUCGGACACUAUCAACUAAAAAAUCAUACUACGGGAAUAGGAACUAGCGUAAAAAAAGAAUGGAACGGACUAAUCGGUGAACUAGUAGCCGAAAGAGCGGAUCUAAUUGUAGCACCCUUGACUAUCAAUCCCGAAAGAGCUGAAUUUAUUGAAUUUUCGAAGCCUUUCAAAUACCAAGGCAUUACAAUUUUGGAAAAGAAGCCAUCUAGGUCAAGUACGCUGGUAUCGUUUUUGCAGCCAUUUAGUAAUACUCUAUGGAUAUUAGUGAUGGUCUCCGUACAUGUAGUUGCACUGGUGUUGUACCUUUUGGAUAGAUUUUCUCCUUUUGGACGAUUUAAAUUAACUACCAACGAUGGAACUGAGGAAGACGCACUCAACUUGAGCUCUGCAAUCUGGUUUGCAUGGGGAGUCUUACUGAAUAGUGGAAUUGGUGAAGGAACCCCUCGGAGCUUUUCGGCACGAGUGUUAGGAAUGGUUUGGGCAGGUUUCGCAAUGAUCAUUGUUGCAUCUUACACUGCCAAUUUGGCUGCUUUCCUUGUGUUGGAGCGACCGAAAACGAAGUUAUCUGGAAUUAACGAUGCACGCCUUCGUAAUACAAUGGAGAACUUAACUUGCGCAACAGUUAAAGGAUCUGCUGUUGAUAUGUAUUUUCGCAGACAAGUUGAACUCUCUAACAUGUAUCGUACAAUGGAAGCAAAUAAUUAUGAUACUGCUGAACAAGCAAUUCAGGACGUUAAAGAUGGAAAAUUAAUGGCAUUUAUAUGGGAUUCUUCACGUUUGGAAUACGAAGCAGCUAAGGAUUGUGAGUUGGUUACGGCUGGAGAAUUAUUUGGAAGAAGUGGAUAUGGAAUUGGCCUUCAAAAAGGGUCUCCUUGGACAGAUGCGGUUACGUUAGCGAUACUGGAUUUUCAUGAGAGUGGCUUCAUGGAAUUACUUGACAAAGAAUGGAUCUUCCAUGGGAAUAUCCAGCAAUGUGAACAAUUCGAAAAAACUCCAAAUACAUUGGGUCUUAAAAAUAUGGCUGGAGUCUUCAUUCUUGUUGGUGCUGGAAUCGUUGGAGGAAUAGGGCUUAUCAUAAUCGAAGUUAUUUACAAAAAGCACCAAAUAAAAAAGCAAAAGAAAAUGGAAAUAGCCCGUCAUGCUGCCGAUAAAUGGAGAGGAACUAUAGAGAAACGUAAGACCUUACGUGCUUCCCUUGCGAUGCAGCGACAGUACAAUGUAGGUCUGAAUUCCGUUUCCAAAUCAAUUAGUCAAGCUGUUGACAAAAAUCGCUAUCCAAAACUCAAUCCAUUGUCACGUGCACCAGAAAGAGCAUGGCCCGGAGACCAUGAAAUAGCUCGCAAUCGUAGAAACAAUGAUAAUUCAUACAAGCCACCGCCAAGAUAUAUGCCAACCUACGCUACUGAUGUAUCUCAUCUAGUUGUUUGAAUAGACGAGUUAGUAUUCGGCUUAUAAGUGUAUGAAGUGUAUGUGAAAACAAAACGGACGACUAAUGCCAUGUUCAAAUUAAGGUGUUAUAAUAUGUUAAAAGACUAACUUGAUGACAUUUUUCUUGUCGAUGAUUAUUGUAACAUAAGUCAUUGAAACACAAUAUUAAAAAAAAAAGCAUUAUGUUUAAUGACUAGA